GUACACUUGAUCCCUACUCGGAGUGAUUUGUGACAGAAGGCUGUCUGGUUUAAAAUAAUUGAAGCACGUGUUUUCUCAGGCUGGAGGUUUGCUCUGUUCCUUCUGGUCUCCUCUCCAGUCCAGUGUGUGAAUGCAGAAGUGUGUAGCAGUUCUCGGAGGGGGGGUUGGAGGGCUUUCUGCCUGCUAUUACCUCAGCAAGAGUCCUCAUGUCUCCAAGGUGGUGCUGCUGGAGGCAACAGCGAGCUUUGGAGGGUGGAUAAACACCACACGUAGGGAGGAUGGAGCUGUAUUUGAACACGGCCCGAGGGGAGUGCGGCCGGCCGGAGCUGUUGGGAGAAACACACUCCACAUGUUGUCUGAUCUGGGUCUGGAGCAUGAGAUCCUCCCGGUUCCUCACCAUCAUGUGGCCUCCAAAAACCGCUUCAUCUUCAUGAACGGAGAGCUUCAUAAACUUCCCUCCAGCCUCAGUGGAUUGCUGAAAACUGUGCCUCCAUUUUCCAGCCCCAUCAUCCUCAGGGUGAUGAAGGAGGUCCUGGUGAAGAAGGGGAAGCUGGAGGAUGAGUCCGUGCACUCAUUUGUGUCGAGGAGAUUCGGCUCUGAGUUAGCAGACAUAGCAGUCGACUGUCUGUGUCGUGGAGUGUUUGGAGGAGACAGCAGGAAGUUGAGCAUGCGCUCGUGUUUCCCGCCGCUCCACACGGCCGAGCAGAACUGGGGCUCGGUGCUACUGGGCAUGCUCCUCGGAGGAGAGGGGGCGGGGUCAGAUGCUAGGGCGGGGCUGGUUCAGCGGGCGAGGACAGAGUCGUGGGCUCAGUGGUCUUUGAGACGUGGGAUGCAGACUCUCCCUGAUGCCCUGCAGGAGGCGCUGAGGGGGCGAGAGGGGGUAGAAAUACAUCACAGUGCCCCCAUCAGGACUCUGAGCUACAUUGCAGGAGCCUGGGAGAUUCAAGUGGAGGGUGGAGCCACGGUGAAAGCUGAUCAUGUGAUUUCUGCUUUACCUGCUUCAGUGUUGGCCUCGUUACUGCCCCCUGAUGCCAGACUGCUGUCACAUCAUCUGCGUGAGAUAAACGCUGCGAACAUCGGGCUGGUAAACCUGGAGUAUGAGGGAUCUGUGUUACCUGUAUCGGGUUUUGGACACUUGAUCCCAUCCUCAGAAGACAGUGGUGUGUUAGGGGUCGUGUAUGACUCAGUUCCGUUUCCACAACACAAUCGGAAAGGAGAACCCACAACUAGAAUGACUGUGAUGAUGGGAGGUGCUUGGUUUGAAGAGACGUUUGGUCAUCCUGAUGAGGUGAAGGAGGGGAUGCUGUUAGAUCGAGCGGUCCAAGCUGUGAGGUCACACCUGAACAUUACAUCAUCACCUGUGUGGAGUAGAUCUGCUGUACUGAAGAACUGCAUUCCUCAGUAUCACCUGGGACACUGGAAAAGACUCGAGGUGAUGAGGCAGUACAUUCGAGAUCACUCUCUUCCUCUCACGCUGGCCGGAGCCUCGUUUGACGGCGUCUCUGUUAACGAUGUCAUAUUUAGUGGGCGGAGAGCAGCAGAGGGGAUUGUGGGUAAAAUCUGAAGUGUACUCAGUUGAUUAUGAAGCUGUAUGUCAGUAACACUACAGAACAGCACAGUGAAGCUUUAGAUCAUUAAUCAUUCAACUGUUUCUUUUUUUUUUUUUUACAAAUAAAACAUUAUUUAAUA